AUGGCGACGAAGCUACGCGGCGAGCUUGAGAACUCGGCUGAUAACCAAGAACGGUGGUUGGAGUUUGAAGCUUCUCGGCCCCAUCCACAACUCGGUUCACCUCUCAUAGUCUGGGAGCAGAGCCUCAUAAAAGGCCACCCAACUCACCCCGUAGAAUCAUCGUCAGAGCUCCACGGCCAGCACCAAACCUCCAUGCGCACCAUCUCCAUCCCGGACUUCCCCUUCCACCUCAAAAUGGCCCUAAGCUUCACCAUCACCAGCGCCACGCGUACCAUGACGCCCUGGACGACCCGCAUGUGCAUCGAGGUGUCCGGUCUACUGGAGGAUAUUGUGGAUCCAGAACUGCUUUGGAUUGCGCGGAAAAGGGCCGCGGCGUGUAGUGCGGAUCCUGAUUUUGAGCGCGCUAAACACUUGUCGGUUAUGCUGCGUGAGGACCCGGAGCCGAGGGCGAGUGGGAGGGGGGAGUGUUUGGUUUUGCCGGCUGCGUUGUUUGAAGUCUCCAGCCGUGGUGGCGAGGAAGAAAAAGAACGUGUUGGGCGGGCUGUGGAGCUCUUUGAGUUGGGGUCGUCCGUUGAGGCGAAGAGGGAAUGGUUUCGCAACUACACCCACCUCUACUUCCUGUCCACCCUCCCCCUCCUCCUCUCCCACGGCAUCUGCCUCGAAUCGCACCUCCAAAACCUCCUCGCCCGCUUCGACACCACCACACACACCCUCCGCGGUUUCGUCUACCGCGACAUGGGCGGACUACGCAUGCACAAACCCACACUCGCAGCACGCGGCAUACGCGUGCGGUCCGCAGACCUAGUCCCGGGAGCAGUAACGUUGAUUGAGGAUUUGGAGCCGGCGUGGGCGAAUGCGUAUCAUUGUUUGGAGAAUCAUUUGGGCGGGGCGAUGAGGGGGUUGGGGUUGCAGUGGGGGGAUGGGGAAGAGGGAAAGGGGGGUUGGGGGGUGGUGAGGGAGGAAUUGAGGAAGGUGUUGGAUGGGUGUGCUGAUCCGGAUGGGAAGCGGGAGGAGUUGUGGGGGUUUUUGGUGCAGCCUGUUGUGAAGAGGAAGGCGUUUUUGAGGAUGAAGGUUGCGGGGGUUUAUCGGGGGGGUGAUAUCUGCUAA